AAAAAUUUCUUCAAAUCCGGGAAAAAUCGAUCGCGGACGGACGGAAUUUCACGCGAUGGACAUCGAGUACGCGUACCAGAAGGAACGGCGCGAGUUUGGUCGACAGUGUCUGUUUUCGGACAAGAACAAGGUCGAGUUUACGGAGGCCGCGAACCAUGAGUUUUUCAAGGAGUACAUCCUGCGGGAUCCGGUCCAUUUGGGGACGCAGUACAGCAGGCAGAUGUCCUUGAGUGCCGUCAACACGGAGAGUGCGGAGUUUGAAAAUCGAGGGAUAUUGCACUCGGAGGGAGGAUGGCCAAAGGACGUGAACUAUCUGGAUCCGGAGCAGACGGUGCGGUAUCGGCGGAAGAUCGAGAAGGACGAGAACUAUGUGACGCAGUUGACGGGGUUGACGAAGCCGAUGGAGCACUGUAUCUAUCAGAACAAUGCGGUUAACAUCUAUGAGAAUUACUUUGAGGGGUUGGACCCUGCUCCAUUGAUGGAGAAGAGUAGCUCUAGGACGUUGAACGUGUACCGCGAUCCGGCGAUCUACAAGCAACCUGUAACACAUUUGUCCUGGUCACCAGAUGGAGGAUCGAAGAUCGCCGUCUCGCAUUGCAAUAUGAACUUCCGGGAGGCCUCGGGCAAAGCUGUUUGUUCUUACAUUUGGGAAACGGAGAAUCCAAACGCUCCUCUUUUGAGAUUCACUCCACACAGCUCGAUGAUCUGCUUGGAGUACAAUCAGAAGGAUCCGACUACGCUGGUCAGCGGUAUGUACAACGGUCAGGUAGCCGCUUGGGACACUCGUAACGAGAAGGCGCCGGUAAUGAUCAGUGAGCGUGAACAUUCCCAUCGAUCUCCGGUCAACUCGACGCUCUGGAUCAACUCCAAGAGCGGCACGGAGUUCUUCUCGGGGUCUUCCGACAGCCAGGUCAUGUGGUGGGACACCCGUAAGCUGUCCCAGCCGAUCGAUACGCUACUGAUGGAUCCGAUCAAGUCGGACGAGCAGGAUCUAUCUCGGUCGUACGGCGUCAGCUGUCUAGAGUAUGAAACGUCGAUUCCUACGAGAUUCAUGUGCGGAACUGAGCAAGGCAUGCUGUUCUCGUGCAACCGUAAGGGCAAGUCUCCGCAGGAGAAGAUUGUCUUCAGGCUGCAAUGCCACACCGGUCCGAUCUACUCGCUGACGCGCAAUCCGGCCUUCGUGAAGAACUUUCUCACCAUCGGCGACUGGAUCGCGCGCAUCUGGUCCGAGGACUGCCGCGAGAGUUCCAUCAUCUGGACGAAGCACCACUCGGUCAUGCUGACCGAUGGCGUUUGGAACCCGACGCGCUACUCCAUCUUCUACGUGAGUCGCGUCGACGGCGUACUGGACGCGUGGGACCUGCUUCAGCAGCAGAGUGAACCCAUCCUGAGCAUCAAGGUGUGCGAUGAGAGCCUCAAGUGCUUGCGUGCACACGAGGCCGGAUAUUUGGUGGGGGCGGGAAGCACCAAGGGGGCGACCUUCCUGCUGGAGAUGUCCGACAACAUGACGUCCAUCAAGAACGAUAAGCCGCUGCUGACGGCGAUGCUGGAACGUGAGAACCGUCGCGAAAAGAUCCUGGAGGCGAAAUCGCGUGAAAUGAAGCUUAAAGUUCGCACGUUGCACCGCCAGGAGGACACCAUCGACGAGAGGCCGAAGCUGUUCCAGUGCAAGUCGGCUUGUGACGCGGCUGAGCAGGAGUAUCUGCAAACGCUGGAAAAGGAGCGAAAGGCUCGUGCACCGGAAGAGUACGAUCAGGAAUAUGACCCCAGGAAAAUCGCGAAGCAAAUGGAGAUGGAGGCUGCUUCAGAUGAGGAAAUGAAUGAAUAAAAUGAAACUAUAGAAGCACCAGUAAGCUAGUUUGACUCCUGACAAUGUUACUUCUUAUAAUAAAAUUAGUGAACCAUGAUUCAAAUGACCAAUCACAGAUUCUGUAAUGUAAUGUAUAUUAUUAAAUUAACAUGUAUUUACAA